GCAUGUUAUUGUUCGCCAAUGUGAUCAUUGGCGGUAUAAAGGAUGACGGCGCGGUGAGGUAGCUUUCCCCACGGCCCCCAAAGGCGAGAGAUUAGAGCACCCGAAAGGCGCUUACCGGUGCACACUCAUUGCCGAGCAGACCCGUGCCCGCCACACAACGAACGCACGCCGCACAGCAAGCGCGCCCCAGCCCGCCAUCAGCUGUGCACCACCCUUCGCUAAGCGCCUCAUUGCCCUUUGCUAACAGCGCCUCAUUGUCCCAGGCGCCUGCGCCAUCACCCUAAGCGCCCACACCCACUCCUUUCCUUCUGCCGCAUCCUCCUGGUCCAUGGCCUUCCCGCCUGCCAUGAUGCACGCUCCCGUGUACCCGCCGUACUGCGACCCCUCCGGCUACCCCGGCCCGCCGACCUACUACGCGCCGAUCUACCACGCGGGCGCCCCGCUAGUUCGCGUGCCCUCACACCACGCGGCGCCUGCCUCUCGUCCUGCCGCCUACGCUCCUCAACCCGCCGCUUAUCUUCCUCGUUCCGCCGCCUACCCUUCUCAGUCCGCCGCCUAUCUUUCUCAAGCACCACAUCCGCCCCCACAGCCGCGCUACGACGGCGCUAACCAGCCGCGCUAUGAUAGCGCGAACCCGUUCGGGAAUCCUACCUGCAGGCAAUAUUGCCGCACGGCGGGGACCCACGAACUCUCUCCGCAGGAUAUCAACGCGUCUCCGUCCGCGCGAACGCGCCAGGACGCCCUCACGGCUCUGCCUAGCAGCGCCAUGCCGCAUGGGUACCCGCGCGUGCGGUGUGAGAUCCCAAUGGGUGAUAGCUGGGCGUCGAAAAGCGGGAGUCCCUCUCGAGCACCGACUCUCGCAGGGUACACCGCGCGCUGCGGGCUCGCGGGCGUCAGCGGGCGGCAUACCGUCAACUUCUACGACGUCGACCAGAUCGCGGGCGCCCUCGUCCGCGCUGCGGGGUCCAAGCUCAGCGCGGACGACCGCAGGCCGCAGACCUUCGUGGCGCGGGUCCUCGGCCGCGCGCAGGUGCAGCUCAGUGUGGCGCUGCACGCGCUGCUUCUCUUGAGAGCGCGUUCCUCGAUGUUCGUGCUCGCGUCUGUCUCUCCUGAGCAGCGCCUCCUCGCCGCGCUCUCCCUCGCGCACCGUGCGGGCACGGAGGUCGGGAUCUGCACGGGGUGCUGGGCGCAUAUUGGAAACUACUGUUGGGCGGGAGAGGGGAGGGCAUGGUUGGGGGCGGAUGCCUUUGUUGAUGGUGUCGCGCCGUUUAGCAAAGAGGCGAUGCGCAAGCACACGGAGGGCCUCCUGCGCGCGAUCGGCUUCAGCGUCCAUGUAGAGCGCGCGGAGCUGGAGAAUGUGGCGCUGGAGAUUUUGCGGUCGAGAACGCCUGAGGCGACGAGUGGGCGGUCGAGUGAGUCUCGGACACCCAGUGUGGCCGAUGGUGAGCGUAAUCCGCGCGCUCGGCUGCCUCCGACGUAUGCUGAGCUUGCAGACCGACCGCAGACGGCAGCGGCGGGUGCACGGCGAGCACGUCAUGGACAUUCAUCCUCGCAUCCUCGACCACACGCAUCUACGGACCACCUCGUCUAUGCGCCCUCGGUCUACGACGAUGCGGGCCACGAGCCGAACUACGACGGAUAUGUGCACACGUACCCUCCUUCCACUUCAAGUUCCGACUCUCGCUCGCGCACGCUCUCGCUUGGGGCCGGCGCGCGUAUGCUGUCUGCCGCCGCUCAGCAGCGCGUGGGCGCUUUUCAUCAUCGGCCCAGCCCGCUCGUCGUGUACGGCGCGUCGGGGUACCUGGCUUGAGGGCGAUGGCUCCGCAGAUUGAUCUCACCUGCGCGUAGAGGCACACUUUUCACGCGUGAUUAUCAUUUUCUUUCUCUUUUUCCCCAUCUACUAUCCUCAUUGCUAUCUCGCGAUCUCUGCUUCAUCAUGGAUCCUUGGCCACGUCUCUACAUCUCCUCUUCAUUUCUCUAGACGCAUGCAUGCUUUCCUUUUUCACUCUCGACUUUCCCAGCCAUUGUACACACUCAGGAUCACUGACAUUCUCACUCUUUAUUCUGUCUCAUUAUAUCAAAUUUCUC